AUGAAGCUGACAUUAGUUCUCCUAGUGGUGAUUGGCUUCUCUGCUAUUAUGGCAGAUGAGACCAAUUCAGUUCCCAAAAAAGCAUGCGCAUGUCAAAUGAUUCACAAACCCGUAUGUGGUGCAGACGGUGUAACUUACGGAAACGAUUGUAUGAGGAAGUGCAAUGAUGUCCGAUUGCUCCACAAUGGAAAGUGUGAAGAUGACCUGUGUGUCUGUACGAUGGAUUACAAUCCUGUGUGUGGAGAUGAUGGGGAAACGUACAUCAACGAUUGUAGCAGAGAGUGCAAGUAUGUUAAUACAUGUUUUACUCAUACGAUAUCUGUACAUUGA